UUUGUCCGGCCAUCAGACAAGGGAAUACGGCGUAGGAGAGCUUUGGGUCAGGGAGGCGAGACUAAGGCCGGCGGGGUCCGCGCGGCCGAACUCGGACUCCGAGCUCAGCAGCCAAGGCCCAGGGAGGAGGCCGGCCGAGCAAGGAAACGACCGGAAGUGCGCGCGCCGCCCUCUGGGAGAUGUAGUUGGGCGUCCGCCUGCGCAGGCGCAGACCCUGCUGGUAGCGGCUGCGGCCUUUGUCUCGCGGUCCGGCUGAACCACCUGCAGAGGAGCUGGCUGUUCCUGGAAGAGGCCAGAGGAGGAGGGAAUGACUGCUGGGCUCCUCACUGCCGGGGCCCCGGAGCAAGUGACCUUUGAGGACGUGGUUGUGGACUUCACCCAGGAGGAGUGGGGGCAGCUGGAGCCCGCCCAGAGGACACUGUACCGCGAUGUGAUGCUGGAGACCUUCAGGCUCCUGGUCUCCGUGGAUUUGGAAACCAGACCCCAAACCAAAGUGUCCACCCCAACUCAAGACAUCACUGAAGGAAUACGUACCAGUGCCCUGGCAGAAAGGUUCCUGUGGGAUAGUCUGUGGUACUCAGAGGGUGACGAUGCAGAGGGCUGCCACGGACAGAGUCGGGAGAGCCAUGUGGUGAAGACACCCAUGCAGCAGCAGGGGGAUGGGUUUGGGGGAAACUUCAGUCUGAUCCCCCGCUUCCCAACUCAGCCAAUGACUCCAGAAAGGCAAGGCCUCCACAUGCCGGGGACGCGCGGGGGGAGGGGGAAGCCAGACCCAGGGCUCCACGCCGAGCAGAAAACACACGCAAAAGCGAAGCGCUACGAAUGUCAGGCAUGCGGCAAGGCCUUCGGUCACAGCUCGGCACUCCUCGAGCACCACCGAACGCACACGGGAGAGAGGCCUUACGAGUGUCCCGAAUGCGGGAAAGGCUUCCGAAACAGCUCGGCGCUCACCAAACACCAGAGGAUCCACACCGGCGAGAAACCUUACCGGUGCCCCCAGUGUGGGAAGACCUUCAACCAGAUCGCCCCGCUGGUCCAGCACCAGAGGACCCACACGGGCGAGAAGCCAUACGAGUGCAGCGAGUGCGGCAAGGCCUUCAGCUUCCGCUCGUCCUUCAGCCAGCACGAGCGCACACACACCGGGGAGAAGCCGUACGAGUGCGGCGAGUGCGGCAAGGCCUUCCGCCAGAGCAUCCACCUCAGCCAGCACGUGCGGGUCCACACCGGGGAGAGGCCGUACCGCUGCGGGGACUGCGGCAAGGCCUUUGGCCACAGCUCGUCCCUGACCAAGCACCAGCGCAUCCACACGGGCGAGAAGCCCUACGAGUGCCUGGAGUGCGGCAAGGCCUUCACGCAGAUCACGCCGCUCGUGCAGCACCAGAGGACGCACACGGGCGAGCGGCCGUACGAGUGUGGCGACUGCGGCAAGGCCUUCAGCCAGAGCACGCUGCUCACCGAGCACCGCAGGAUCCACACGGGCGAGCGGCCCUACGGCUGCAACGAGUGCGGGAAGACCUUCAGCCACAGCUCGUCCCUCAGCCAGCACGAGCGCACGCACACCGGGGAGAAGCCAUACGAGUGCGGCCAGUGCGGCAAGGCCUUCCGCCAGAGCACGCACCUCACCCAGCACCAGAGGGUCCACACUGGGGAGAGGCCGUACGAGUGCGGCGACUGCGGCAAGGCCUUCGGCCACAGCUCGUCCCUGACCAAGCACCAGCGCAUCCACACGGGCGAGAAGCCCUACGAGUGCCGCGAGUGCGGCCGGGCCUUCAGCCAGCUGGCCCCGCUCGUCCAGCACCAGAGGACGCACACGGGCGAGAAGCCGUACGAGUGUAACGCGUGCGGCAGGGCCUUCAGCCAGAGCUCCCUUCUCGUGGAACACCAGAGGAUCCACACCAAGGAAAAGCCCUACGGCUGCAAUGAGUGCGGAAAAUCCUUCAGUCACAGCUCAUCGCUCAGCCAGCACGAGCGCACGCACACUGGGGAGAAGCCCUACGAGUGUCAGGACUGUGGGAAAUCGUUCAGGCAGAGCACCCACCUCACGCAGCACCGGCGGAUCCACACGGGAGAGAAGCCAUAUGAGUGCAGGGACUGCGGGAAGGCCUUCACACACAGCUCAUCCCUCACCAAGCACCAGAGAACUCAUACUGGGUAGGCCCGCCUCACAUUUGCUCGGACCUGGAAAAGCCUUAAGUCAUAGCUCAUCCCUUACCAGACUUGACCCCACCAUUCCUAAUGGAAACAAUACAAAUAUACGCAUAUGCAAGCCUUCCCGCACCCUUAGAGAGGAAUGACAGAAAUGAUUGUGGGAAUACCGAGCUCUAGGUCAUCCGUCCCCGGAUAUCAGCCCGUCCAAACAGUGGUAGCAAGUGUGGAGUUGAGGACCUUCAGUCAUGAGUGACCGCUAAUGCUACAUCAGAGAACCUACAAAAGAGAAAAAUGGGGGGGCGUGGGGGAAUGUAGUGGAUCUGGGGAUGGCUUCUGUCCAAGGAUUCACACUAUUCCAAACCAGAGGUUUGCAAAGUGGUGAGAAACCCGACAAAUGCUUUUCAUAUGCAGGAACCACGCGCAGAAUUUAUCAUUAUUGCACAUUACGUUCUUUGGGGUGCUUAUGAAUGGUGCAAGGCGACUAUGAAUUUCUCUACAGGUGACUCACAGGCAUUAGAAACACAUGUUGAGGAUUCACAAAAAGGAAGAUUUUUUUUACCUUUGUUAAGCCACCAUCUUCUGAACAACAGCACCUCCACAUUGGAACCUUAUGUUUUGCAAGGUUUCUCUCUCUUGAGAAAUGUACAAGUUAAUCUUCUCUUGACUGUUUUUCAUUGAGUCCCUUUCCCAGUGUUUUUUAAAAAGCUUUUGUUUUUUGUAUAAUAUAUCUUGAAGGUCCAUGGUAUUAAACUGUGUCCUGAAUUCA